GUGGAUUUAAGCUACCCUAGCUCAGUAGCUCAAUCCUUCGACCGCCGCUUGUUCUUGGGAUACUAAAAGCUGCCGACACCAAGCUUGCAACAGUGCAUUGAUUAGAGUACCAAAGCUGGAACAGCAGAGUUGCGAUUAGCCCCGUGGCGCCAUGUACUGGCCAACUUCGCAAAACGAAAAAUGGUUCUGCGGCAUAUUGUUCGUGCAAGGAUUGCUUGUUAUCGUGCUGAAUAUAUACAACCUCGUUCAGUGGCAAUCAUGGGUCAAUCCCAAUGCCACUCAGGUCGCCAUAUCAUAUCAGGUCCCCAUUAACAUAGCACUCAUCAUGUUCGCCGUCGCUUAUGAAUUAUUCCUCGGUCUUGACAUGGUACAUCAUAAGAAUAUCAUCUUGCUUCUAGCCCUUUGCAUUAGCAAUGGAUGUGUACUCGCCUAUUCUGUGAUGCAGUACAUAUCUAUCCAUAUUACCACCUUGACCAUUAGAGAAGACCGCGACUACUACAAUAAACCAUUGGUGGACUUAUCCAGAGACCUGUGGAAAGAAAUCCAGCCUGCUGAGCUUCUGGUUCCCAUCACUGUCAGUAUAGCGUCACUCCUCAUGUGGCCGAUCGCGUAUUGGGUUCACAGAGAAUUUUCUUGGGCUAUAUACCAGUAUGUUCAGGGGAGCCUUCAGAGUCGAAAACAAUAUCGAGGAUAUGAGGCAUAUCUUGUUCUAAUUAAAUUCGACUUCUUUUUCUUGGUGGGCUUCAUCAUUCAGUAUGACCUCAUUGAUGUCCACUUUGAGGAGCCUGAGUACUCCUUGACCUUAGCACUCAUUCCAGCCGCACUGCUGGUGAUGACUAUGGGCACAUAUUUUGUCCGACGUGAAUACAGAAUCCCCACUGUUAUUAUUGCAGUCUGUCGCCUAGGAAUUGCGGCCUAUCUACUGAGUCGGAUCAUUGUUCUAUGUGGAAAUACUUUGCGCGGCAAUACACCAGGCAAGGAUAUGAUGCUGCUCUUUGCCACUGUAGCAUUUGUUCUCUCCUGCCUCAUCAUCGUAUGCACAAUAUAUUGCAUACUGAACUUUGAACAUGGUCUCAAGUCGGUGUUUGCCCGGAAGGAUCAAGUUGCUCGGAGGUCUUUCGUGUUCCAGGAGCUUCCAAGUCACACGGACAGUACUCGACAGUCUAGACUCUCCCUUGACUAACCUGUAUAUUAUAUAAACUGGAUUUGAGUAUUUAUCAUAAUUGAAAACUUCCUUCUUGUGUAUGAGUGCGAACAUUGGGUAUGUAUGCUCAGGAAACAAUGUCAUGUGCUGCGAUUUUUGGCUGUUGAUUGGUAGCAGCUGUGAUGACAACCUUGACUCAAUCAAGGAAGAAAUAGAGCAUUCCCUCAGCCAAGCAUGAUUUCCUUGAAACAUUCAAUAGCAGCAGUGAUAUAAAGCGAUUUGUCAUGACUAUGAAUGGCCCAUAGAAAGGUCAUGACAACCGAGUGAAGUGCGCUUCUGU